UAAACCCUUAUCGCCCCAAUUCAGUCCAAGCUCGCAAUCUGCUUCCCUCUGUUAGUGUUCCCAAGAAGAAGGCAAUCCCUAGCCACCUUUACUGAUUCAUCAUCAGUCAUGAGACGCUCUUUCCUGAGAAAUGUAUCUCUCUACAGUCGCAAUCUUCUCCAUUCUCCCUCCACUGUCAAUCGAGGUCCCCGUCCCUCACUCGCCCCGUUCGACGGUACCACUCGUCCACGUUUUAGGCUCUUCUCGUCCGAAUCGGACUCCUCCGGCGAAACCCCUAAUGUUGUAGCUGAAUCCGCUCCUGAUCAGGAGCAGAAGAAGGAUGUCUCUGUUGACGUGAAGGAUGUGAGUAACAAAGAGCUGAAGGCGCAGCUAGAGAAGUACUUCAAAGGUGGUGACGAGAAGGAGCUCCCAUUGAUACUUGAGUCGAUUUUACAGAGGAAAUUGGUAGGCAAGCAUGAGGAGACCGACGAUGAGUUAACGGAAGAACUCAGUAUGAAGCCAGUGGAUGAUGUCCAAGACAAAGAAUUCGAAUCAGAUUUUGAGGAGUUGCAUGAGACUGAUGAGGAAAUCGAUGACUUGUAUAAUGCAAGAGAUUAUGUUAUGCAGAAAAUGGUAAAGGAUGAGUACUUCAAUAUGGAUGACCGGAAGUGGGAUGACAUGAUAAAGGAGGCAACUGAGCAAGGCUACUUAAAGGACACAAAGGAAUGCGAAGAGAUUCUUGAGGAUAUGCUUCGCUGGGACAAACUUCUUCCUGAUGAUUUCAAGAAAAAGGUGGAAGAGAAGUUUAACGAGCUAGGGGAUAUGUGUGAACGUGGGGAACUUGAACCUGAACAAGCUUAUGAGCUAUUUAAGGAAUUUGAGGAUGACAUGGUUAUAGAGUAUAAAAAAAGGGUGGAGGCUGAGGGGCCGCUGCAGUAUGAUGAGACUGGUGUGCCAGACAAUAAAAAAGACUUGGAUGAUCCACCAGGCGAGGGGCCAAUCCUCAGAUGGCAAACUCGGGUGGUGUUUGCACCAGGUGGUGAUGCAUGGCAUCCCAAGAACAGAAAGGUGAAAUUGUCUGUUACUGUGAAAGAACUUGGGCUUUCAAAACAUCAGUUUCGUCGGCUGAGGGAACUGGUUGGAAAAAGGUACCACCCUGGGAAGGAUGAGCUUACAAUCACUAGUGAGAGGUUUGAACAUCGUGAGGAAAACAGAAAGGAUUGUCUCAGGACUCUUUUCUCACUCAUUGAGGAGGCUGGGAAAGCUAACAAACUGGCAGAGGAUGCUAGAGCCUCAUAUGUCAAAGACAGACUCAGAGCCAAUCCAAAGUUCAUGAAGAGGUUGCAUGAAAAAUCUCUGAGAUUGCGAGAAUCUAAUAAAGUCUUGGCAUAAAAUGUCGUGAGCAAGAGAAGGCUUGCAAAUAACUUUCAGGAAUCUGACCAAAGCAUUUGUCACCUUGUACACGGGUUUCAACAUGUCCUUAUUUGCUGCUUUUUUUUCUUUCUAGUUUGCGGUUGCCUGCUCUUGCAAAUUCUCGGUAAAAUUGGCGGUGUAUGGGAAUUUCAUCUGCAGUGCUAUGGAAUAGCAAUUCUCAACUUCUCUUUCAGGAUCCCCACUUCUAAGUUCAGGCUGGAGUUUUAGGUUGUCCAGAGUUUCGUUGAUCGUGUUCGCUCAGCUAGGGAACUUGAUGCAUUUCACUUGUUGCUUUGUGACAGGGAAAUAAUAAUGGAUUAACCUAUUAGUUCGCCCUUUAGUAUGCAUCAAACAGCUGAUACUGGUGGUUUCAGUUUCUGGAUGUAUGAUAAUUUUGCAUAAAUAGUUUUCCGUGGCUGAUGGUAGCGGGUCUGAAUCAGACUUGACAGUUAGAUUAUUGAUUUUUGGCUAUGACAUGCAACUAUGUUCAAUAACUGUAGUUAUCUUACUAUCAGGUAUUGGUUCAUUUUUGGCUAGCCUUGGAGUAUGCAGUCAGUGCUUGUUUAUUCUGUGUUUCUUGCCCACUCCAUAUCAUCUGGUGUUGCAUCAAACUGCCUUGCAGGAUCGGUUGGUGAGUUGCGAAGCAUUUGGACUUGUUGCAGAUGACAAGAGAAGAUAUAUGCAGCGUAUUCUUCGUCAUUCUCUGAUGUUGAUUCUGAAUGAUAGUCUUGUUAACAAAUAAAGUGUGACGAUUCUCAAAAAUAUCUUCAGAUUUAAAGCUUGCAUCACUGGAGACCUGUUGAUCCUGUUAAUCAAAUCACUCAUAGUCAUGGUUGACAGA